AUGUCGCUCGCUUCGCAGUCACCAGCCAUCUCCAACCCGUUUGCGCCCCUCUGCACCCCCGUCCCGCGUCCUGACACAGACGACUCGUCUUCAACACCAUCCUCGUCUGCAUCUCCGUCUCAGUCUGACCCUUCCUCUCAUUCAUCCACCGCCAUGGCCGCCUCCGCCUCUGCCGCCGCCUCCGCCUCCAAAAACCCCUUUCCCACCCCCAAGCUACGCCUCGAGAUUCGCGAUCUCAACCACGCCGGCGCAACCGCCUUCCUCGCGACGACGACAGCCUCGACCCUUCUCCAAGACGCCAUCGCCAACGUCCUGCGCCUCCUCUACAGCACGCCUUCGACCCCGGACACGACGGCGCCCCCGACCCGCUCCGUGACCGUCAUCCUGCGCGCCAUGCCCGGCGUGGCCUACACGACGGGCUCCGACCUCGACGCCGACCACAAGGAGAUCCACUUCUCGCUGUCCUACAUCGCCGGCAUCCCCGCCGACCGCCGCACCGCCGAGAUCACCGGCGUCCUGACCCACGAGCUGGUCCACUGCUACCAGUGGAACGCCCGCGGCACCUGUCCCGGCGGCCUCAUCGAGGGCGUCGCCGACUGGGUCCGCCUGCGCUGCCGCCUGUCGCCGCCCCACUGGAAGCGGGAGACGGACGGCCGCUGGGACGGCGGCUACCAGCACACGGCCUACUUCCUCGACUACCUCGAGCGCCGCUUCGGCGACGGCACCGUCCGCCGCCUCAACGAGAAGCUGAGGUCCGCCCAGUACCACGAAAAGGCCUUUUGGACCGAGCUGCUCGGCCGGCCCGUCGACCAGCUGUGGGGGGACUACGCCGACAAGGUGAGGGACGAUGAGACGGUCAUUGUCAACAAGGACGACAUUUCGGAUGAUGAUGUGAGGUUGGGGCUGAGGGACGGGGCCGCGGCGGUCGAGGGCAAACUAGAUGGACAAGACGCAAGGUAG